GCGUGAUGAUAACAAAAUACAUACAUUAUUUUUAUCAAUAUGUAUGCUUUGAACUUUGAUUAAAAAAAACAAACAUCACAAACAAAAAUAAUCACCAUAAUCAUUUUCAAACAUGUUGCCUGAAAAAUUGGAACAACGAUUCAAUGAUCUUGGUCUUGAAAUCAAUUAUUUUAAGAUCGGUUGGUAUAAUGAUGCAGUUAAUACCGAAUAUCAUCUCCCAUAUCCUAAUGAUACAUUAGCAUUUGUUGUCCUUUCAACUCCAUCGUGGUUUGAAAAAGCAUUUUUACCAUUUUUGGCCAAAAAUUUAGAUCCAUCUACAAUAAAUAACAGUGAUGAUCUAGAUCAAAAUCAUGGUUGUCUUUCGAUGAAUUGUCGAGAUCCCGUUGAUCAAUGUAUGAGACAUCAUUUUGAAAUAUUAGCCAAGGAAAUAUCAUCCACCUUGUGUACCGAAGUAGAUAGUAUUCAUGAUUUUGAGUUAUUAAUGCCAUAUCGUCGGCCACGUGUGCUUCUACAAACUGCUGCUCAUAUUUCCGGUGCAGCUUAUUAUUACCGAUUGCCAAAACGUGAAAACAUUGUACAUAAACUUGGCGUUUGUGUACAUCCUGAAUAUGGUGGUUGGUUCGGUUUACGCGGUGUAUUCGUUCUCAAACAAAUAUUGGUUCCGGAUUUGGUACGAAAACAACCGGUUAACGUCAUACCUGACAUUCAACAACAGGAAGCAUUGCUCAAACUAUUUAAUGAACGUUGGCGUGAUGGUAGCUAUAGAGAUUUUAUACCGGUAAAAUCUCGUUAUAGUGAAUUACAGUUUAAAUAUUUUACUCUUGAACCUCGUCAACGUUUUGAAUUUAUUCGUCAGGAAAUUUUUCCAAAAUUAAAUGAAUUAAUUUCGGUAAAUGAUUUUCCGAAUCAAGAACAAUCAAAUUUCCAUUGAAUAAUUAUGGAUAAUAAGUCGAAAAAUGAUAUAUCAUUCAGGAAAAUUAACAG